AUGGAGAAAAAAGAAGUAACUAUGAAUAAACUAACCUAUUAUACAAGUAAUAUUAGUUUAAAAAAUCUUUUAUUUUCAACAUUAUAUUUAUCAAUUUCAGGAUUAAAAAUUUUGGAUAGUUUUUAUCAGAUAUGUGAAAAUCAACAAUCAAUUAUGGAGUAUAAUAGUAAUCCUUAUAGAGAAGUGAAAAUUGAUUUCAUCUCUAGUUAUAAUGAUAAUAAUAAUAAUAGUAAUAAUAAUAAUAAUGUAUUUACAAAUCAUAAGAUUUUAAUGAUAAAUCAUUUGAAAUGUGAACAACAUACACUGAUUACAUACUGUACAGAAAUAUUUGGUAGUCUUUUAAAUAUUAUUUCAGCUAGUUUAUACUUUAUUACAAGUUUAUACAGUUUAUUAAUAUAUAAUUAUUAUUUAAAUGAUAAAAAAAUAUUAUCCAAUUCAAGGAUACCAUUUCCAAGUGAUUAUACUAAUUCUGAUGAUAGGAUAGAUAUAUCAUAUGGAUAUUAUAAAUUUUCAAGUCUAUUAGCUAAUAUAGCUGGACUAUUUGGUUGUUUAAUGAUAAUGACAACUAUUAGUUUAAGAAUAUAUAAACUUUUCAUAUUGAAUAUUGAUGAAAAUUUACUAAUUUCCCUAAAUUUAAACAUUAAAGAAUGGUUGAUUGAUACAACUGUUGAAAAGAUACAACAUAUUGGAUUAAUAGUUUUAAUCUUUAAACUGUUAAUAAUAAAUAUAUAUGGUUUAUGCAUUUCUAGUAGAUUUUCAUGUAGACAAUAUAUACUGAAGAAAAGUUGUAAUAUAAUACACAAGAAUAAUACUUUAAAUUCUUUAAUAAACUUAAAAGAGGAUUUGAUAUUCUGUUCUCAACUGACACGAUUAACUUCAUUGUUAUCGUCUAUAUUAAUAAUAUUCGGUGGUAUAACUAUACUUGGAAGUGUUUUACAAUCAAUUGAAAUAUCUUAUAUAACUUUAUAUGAUUCUAUAUUUAUUAGGCUAAAAGCAAGAGAAAUAUUCUAUUUUCUAAGUGGUACAUUAAAUAUAUUCACAGGUUUAUUAUCUAUUCUAACAUUACAAUACUGUUCAAUUCCUUUAGUCAAUGUACUUAAAAGAAUAAAGACUUUACAAGAACCUUAUAAUUUAAAAAUUUUAAAGUAUUUUAAUCGUCCAACACAUUUAUUUGUAUUAAUUUCUUGUUUCAUAUCUAUACCAUUACAAUUGAAUGUUUUUAUUAUGAUUAAACCAAAUAUCUUUAUAAUAAAAAUUGAACAAUUGAAUUACCUAAAUAAUUCAAUGAAUAGUUCUUUAAGACUAUAUCAUUAUGGAUUUACUUUAAAUUAUUUUUCAAGUUUAUUUUCAUUACCAUUGUUAUCUUUAUUAUUAUGUUGUACAUUGAUAGAUUUGUAUGUACGUAAAAAAUUUAUAUUUCUAUCAAAUAUUAUUACAUCUAGUAAUACUUUACAAGUUAAUAAUGAUAAAAAUGUUGCAAUAAAAUCAUUAGAAAAUGGUAUGAUACAUUACAGUGGAACUAAUCAUGACAUAUACCAUGUUAAAAAUAAUAAUCUAAUAUCUCCUGAAAUAAGAAUAUCAUAUUCACAUUAUUCAAAAUUAUCCUUAGAAAACAUACAGUCAAUUGAAGAGAAUAAUACAAUGAAUUUUGAAAGUUAUCCAAACAAAGUUAAUCAGUAUGAAGAGCAACAAUGUGUAAGAUAUUCAGAUUUAGAAAAAUUUGAUAAAAAUUGGAAUAGAUUAAUUCCUCAAUAUACCUCUGAUAUUCAAUUGACUAAUAGUUUCAAUCCAGUUUACCUUGAACAUGAUUCCAUUCAAUCAAAGAAUAUCACAUUAAAAGAUUUAAAAAUUUCUAGGAUAAAUAUAAAUCCAAAUUACUUAAAUCAAAUUGUAUAUAGAUGUUCAAUUGAUACACCACAAUUAACAUAUCACAGUUAUAAUAACCAACUAUAUCCAUCAGAAUCAUGUGAGUAUAUGAGUUGUGAUUUACAACAACAUUAUCAACAGAAUUAUAAUUCAAUUAAAGUUAUUCAACCUGAAAUUAAUAACUUUAAUAGUUUGACACAUAGUGAACUAAUAAAACUGUUUACCGAGACAAAAGGUGAAGAUUUUAUUACUUCAGUUUAGAAAUAUUCAAAAAUGCCACCGACUGCACUAUCUACUGAUACUUUCAGAAGAAGUAUAUUCAUACAAGUUUUUGCCGAAUAUUGUAUCAGUUAAAUGCUUCCCUUCAUUUCUAUUCACCUAAUUGGUAAGAGUCUCAAUCUUACUUACCAUUGUACUAUUACUUUUUAUUUUCUCUCACUCUGAAGAGAAAGCCGCUUCACUUCACUGAAUAGCUUACUUAAAUAAACAGUUUCAUUUAAUUGUCAUAUAACAGAAGUGUCAAUACUUUUAAUACCUACAGUUAACUGUGUACGUAAUGACAUCAGUGGGUAUCAAGGAAUUAUUAUCCGCUGAAUAUCAUCAGUUUCAGAACCAGUAAAAAGUCUGGGAUCACUAAAUGCAUCCAUGACCCUACCUGAGAUCAGAUCCACGAAUUGUAAAUUCCGUGGUA